AUGAAGAUUAACCAUAUAGUGCCCAUUUCUGAGAGUCUCCAUUGGACAGACAGAAACAUUAAUCAACAACAGGGGCAAUGUAGGUCCCUAGACAUUGGCAAAAAUAUGGAACAAAGGUCACUACAUCCAUCAAUAUUCAUUAAGAUACAAAGGCACCCUUACCAAUUAAUUACAAAUUUUCACAUUGCUCAAGUUAAAACUCCAGAGGGUCAAUAUGGAGUAUCUGCUAGUUAUGUUCAGGGAAGUUUACACAGUUUGCAACCAGUAUGUGAUCAAGGCAAUGCUUCAUCCUCUAUAUUACCACUAUCACCGGUUGUUGUAGAAGCUCCAUUAGAGAAACGCAAAAAUUAUUCAACUAAUCGGCUUGUCACUAAGAUAAUAACUGCCCCAUUUGAGCGAGUAAAACUCUUGAUGCAAUGCCAGAAUGAUAUCCUCAAGACUGGUCGACUAUCCAACUCUUACAAAGGAAUUGUUGACUGCUUCGCUAGAACGAUAAAAAACGAAGGUGUCAUUUCUUUGUGGAGGGGCAACAGUGCAUCUAUCCAUGAAUUUUUUUCUAGAAUGGCUAUAGAGAAAGUUGCUGAAAGUUAUUAUUUGGAGAGACAACGUUCAAAGUAUAAGCAAGACAAAGACGACUUCAUAAAGAGGUUUGCCAGGAAAGCGGCGGAAUUCAGUUAUGUUUCUGGUGCACCUCAUUAUUUGCUUUAUCCCUUGAAAUAUGCCUAUAUACGCCUAGCUACUGACAUGAUCAAUAGCACUUCUUGGAAAGUUAGCGAAAGACAGUUUAAUGGUCUAAUUGAUGUUUGGCGAAAAACCAUUAAAACUGAUGGCAUUGUUGGACUCUACCGUGGUUCUAACGUUCUUUAUGUCAAAAAUUGGUUGCAUUAUGCACUCUACAAUGGAGUCACUCAAACAGUGCUACAAUUGCAGUAUAAUUCGUUGGGGCAAGUUUACAUGGUUACAGCCGGAAUUGUAACUUUUGCUCACUUGUUGACAUACCCAUUGGACACUAUCAACUGCAGAAUGGUGAUGAGAUCAGGAGAUGAUGUCAAGUACAAGAGUUCAUUCGAUGCAUUUUCUCAAAUCCUGAAAACAGAAGGUAUUAGGUCUCUUUACAAAGGUGCAACUGCAAAACUCCUUAAAGAUACUAUCCUUCUUGGUUAUCUGCUGUCUGGGAUAUUGAGUGAAAAUAACUGA